AUGAAGAAAAAUUUCGAGCUAUCAAUAUUAGACUUGACGCGUUAUUUUUGUCCUAAAACUCAACAACGACGUGCAAGAGUAGCUCCGAGCUCGAUUAGAAAUAAGAUACUUAGCGUUGAAACACAAGGUAAAGACAAAAACUUCUCAAGAUCAUGUAUAUUUAAAUCCUGA